UUUCUAAGAUGUGAUAGGAGAGAGCAAAGAUCAAUUCUGCAGAGACACAAGUCAGGAGACACGUAGGACAAUGGCCCCUCAAAAACUCACGGUUGGGAUUUUCUCGCGAGAUGGACAGGACAAUUAUAAAUGGCUGAUUCAUGUGCUUCGGCAAGCCAUGUUUCUGGAUUUGGUACAAUAUACUUUUCCUGUAUAUAUCGGUAAUAAUGUCCGGGCCUUCACGGACGCUUUGGCUCAGUGCACAUUCGCCAUCCUAUAUCAUACCAAGAAGAGUGGUCGCCUGAACAUUACCGAUGUCACCGAAUCCCUCUACGAUGAAGAACUCAAAGACUUGGCAGGUCAACUAGGAAGCAAUGUUGUUGUGGUGGUGGAUGACCUGGAUGACAGCAGUGAGGGGAUCAAGAGAAGAAUGUUGAUUGAACAGCCCCUCAUUAAGGCCUGCGCACGUGAUCUUAUUCUCAUCAGCGAGUCGGAGAAGAAAGCUGCAAAUUUGACGGGAUCUGAUCCAAGGUGGAGUCCACCUCCCAUUUCCCAAGAGUCCAAUGGCUCCAUGGAGAGCAAAAUAUAUAAACUAAAGCAAUUCAUGGAAGAAGCAUUGGGUAUCAGUUCAGGAAAACCAGCACAUGAGACGAGUCUUCUCCUUAGAGAUAAACCACAACUUCUUGUAGACCAGCCCAAAGAGCCAAACACAAGGCCAAAGAAAAGCAACCGCAAGAAAUGGUUGAUUAUUGGAGGUGUCAGCAGCGCCCUCUUUGUGAUUAUACUGAUUAUUGUUCUUUGCCUCACCUUAAAAUAACGUCCACAAGAAAUAAUCUGAAGAGACACUAACAGGCCUUUGAUCUUAAAAUUACCCCCCAACUUUCUCCAUCGAAGGGAUGAAAAGAUGGAAGAAACCUGGAAAAAUGGACUUUGUAUUAGGAAAUGACUCGUAUGCGAUCCACAGAUCGUCCCGAUAUAUAUAUACACAUUCGUAUCUCAUAAUCACAGGGUGCAGAGGCAUCUGCAGGUCACUUUAUCAUUAGAGCCUCCUAACGUGCAUCUCUAUUCAAUGGCUGCUGUAAUUGCAGAGAAAGGGGGUUCUACAAAGUAUUAGACAUCUGCAUUCGUUUUCGUCCGAAUUUCAGGUAUU